AGUCGACAAUCUAGGAAAAAAGGAAGAAAAAAACUAAAAGAGGACUUGCACUGAUAACAACGCGAGUCGUCUGCUCGUUAUUGAACCAAAUUGCAACUUUUUUAUUGUUACAGCUCAAAUCACAUCAGUUCAUACUUCAAUUCUUCUUAAUUUCGAUCAAAAGGUUCAGAAAUUGUGCUGUAAUCUUUAGAUCUUUUCGUUCACGACUGUUCUUCAGUUUCUGUAAUCAUUACAGAUUGCCGCCAAAGUUGGCGUUUUCAGGUUAUAUCGUUCUCAUUUAUUCCUAAUCAAGUUUCAUUAAAGUCUAAAUUUUAAUAGUGGAAGAAACAUCAGCAGCAUCAUUUCGGGCAUUUUUGCCUGAAUUGGCAUCCGGUUCAAUUUGGUUGUCUGCCUGAGAUUCAAUCGCCGUUGACAGUAUGUUGUCUCCCAGCAGACCAGAACCGAGAUUGUGCAGCCCGCAGGCUGCGGAUCUUAACAUGUGAGCACUGCAGUUUGGGUGGCACCAUAACUUCGGUUGAAUCAGCUCUACCAAAAGAGUUUCACCGGUUUGUAAAUUAAGUUGAAGGAUUUUGGCCUUUGCUAAUCAUGGCCGAAGAUGGUUAUCAGCCUCCCCCUGAGAGAAACUGGAAGAUGCCACUCUCUAUUUUCUUCAAAGAUGCUAGGCUUGUUUUCAAGAUGGAUGCACUUGGGUUGGAGAUAUUACAGAUUGCAUUCCCAGCAGCCCUGGCUUUAGCUGCUGACCCCAUUGCUUCUCUAAUUGACACAGCAUUCAUUGGCAGUUUAGGUCCGGUGGAGCUUGCUGCUGUAGGAGUUUCUAUUGCUAUUUUUCAUCAAGCUUCAAAGGUUACCAUAUUGCCACUUGUCAGUAUUACAACUUCUUUUGUUGCUGAGGAAGAAACUGUUGGAAGAAUUAGUAAUGAAUUGCUAAAAGUGGAAAAUUUGGAGAAGGGUUCACCCAAAAGCAUUGAAAUGGAAGAGUUGAAGCAUUUGAUGGCAGAAGAAGAUUUUGAAACAACAGUGUACAACUCUUCAAUUGUUACUAGUAGCAAUCCAAAUAAGGCCAAAUUUGAAAGCAAGAAGCGACAUAUUCCUUCAGCAUCAACUGCCCUUGUUGUUGCCAGUGUGCUUGGCCUCCUUCAGACCAUAUUCCUUAUAUCUCUAGCAAAACCGAUCCUGGGUUUUAUGGGUGUGAAAUCUGGUUCCCCGAUGUUAACCCCAGCGCUGAGGUAUUUGACUUUGAGAUCACUGGGUGCUCCUGCUGUUCUUCUCUCUUUGGCUAUGCAAGGGGUCUUUCGAGGAUUUAAGGACACCAAAUCUCCUUUAUAUGCAACUGUUGCUGGGGAUGUAUUAAAUAUCAUUUUGGACCCAAUUCUUAUAUUUUCCUGCCAUUUGGGAAUCAGUGGUGCAGCCAUUGCACAUGUUCUUUCUCAAUACUUAAUGUCGAUCAUCCUCUUGUGUCAAUUGAUGAAGAAAGUUGAUCUCUUACCUCCAAGUAUCAAAGAUUUGCAGUUCAGUCGGUUUCUUAAAAAAGGUUUUCUGUUGUUAGUGAGGGUAAUAGCAGUGACAUUUUGUGUGACCUUAGCUGCAUCAAAGGCUGCAAGGCUAGGUCCAACACCUAUGGCUGCAUUUCAAAUUUGCUUACAGGUUUGGAUGACAUCAUCACUUCUUGCUGAUGGUUUAGCUGUUGCUGGGCAGGCAAUCCUUGCUUGUGCAUUUGCUGAGAAGGACUACGCGAAGGCAACAGCCGCUGCAUCUAGAGUAUUACAGAUGGGAUUUGUGUUGGGCCUGGGGCUUGCUGUAGUUGUUGGACUCGGGUUGCAAUUUGGAUCAGGGAUCUUUUCAAAGGAUAAAGAUGUUCUUUACUUCAUAAGUAUAGGCGUUCCGUUUGUUGCUGCUACACAACCUAUCAAUUCAAUAGCUUUUGUUUUUGAUGGUGUGAACUUUGGAGCAUCUGAUUUUGCUUAUUCUGCAUUUUCCAUGGUCACGGUCGCCAUAGUUAGCAUUGCAUCCUUGUUGCUUCUCACUAAAAGCUAUGGUUUUGUUGGAAUAUGGUUUGCUUUGACCAUUUAUAUGGUUCUGCGCAUGUUUGCAGGCAUUUGGAGGAUGGGCACCGGAACUGGACCCUGGCGCUUCCUCAGGGGCCGAUUAUUUUCUACCCUUGUAUCUGUAUCAUGAUUCUACCUAAUGAAAUACACACACUCUCUCUCUCUCUCUCUCUCUCGCAUUACAUUGUAGCCUAUGCCAUCUUGUGUGGUAGCCCGUGCUGAUCUUCUAUGUAUGAAUGUUCCAAAGUACAAAAUGACACGGUGGAAUGACAUUCAAACCUUGUCAUAGGCAACUUUUGUAUUAAUCAACUGGCCUUUCCCAUGAUUUUGCUCA